AUGAAGGCUGCCAACGUGGCGGCCGUCCUCAGGGGCGACGUGGAGGUGUGCAGGAGGGCGCUGCUGCCGCGCAUGCUGUCCGUCUCACAGGACGCUGCUGUGCUGCGCCGCCCCUUCAAGUCGCCGUGCCCCGGCGCCACCACCAACACCUCCCCCGAGCUGCUCAGGCGCCUCGCUGCAUGCCGCCGCUUCGUGGCGUGGGGAGGGGGCGUGCACCGCCGACCCCUGCUCGUGGCGCCCGCGGGGGACCAGGGGGAGGGCGAGGACACAGAGGAGGGCGAGGCAGGUAAAGGGGACGAGGAGGCGCAGGCAGCGGUGGCAGCGGAGGCGGGGUAUGAGCCGUUGGUGCUGUGGGUGCCGGAGGAGGAUCCGUUCCACGCGUGCGAGCAGUCACAGCCCAUCGCCGUGGACCCCAUCCUCGCCAAGUGCCUCCGCGCCCACCAGCGGGAGGGAGUGGCGUUCAUGUUUGAGUGUGUGACGGGGCUCAAGGACUUCCACCAGCAGGGCGAUGACGACCUCGGCUGCUAUGGCUGCAUCCUCGCCGAUGACAUGGGGCUGGGCAAGACGCUGCAGUCGAUAGCGCUGCUGUGGACGCUGCUGAAGCAGGGCUUCCAGGGGCCCAAGGGGCCGCCGCUGGUGCGGCGCGCGCUCAUAGUCACGCCCACGAGCCUCGUCAGCAACUGGGCGGCGGAGCUGGACAAGUGGCUGGGCGGGCGCGUGCGCUGCGUGGCGCUGUGUGAGGCGAGCCGCGCCGACGCCGUCAAAGGCAUCCAGCAGUUCCUGGCUCCGCGCGGCAUGCACCAUGUGCUGAUAGUGUCGUACGAGACGUUCCGGCUGCACGCCACAGCGUUCCAGCACGAGGGGGCGUGCGACCUGGUGAUCUGUGAUGAGGCGCACCGCCUCAAGAACGACCGCACGCUCACCACGCAGGCGCUGGCAGGACUGCCGUGCAGGCGAAGAGUGCUGCUCUCUGGCACUCCCAUGCAGAACGAUCUGGAGGAGUUCUACGCCAUGGUGUCUUUCACCAACCCGGGCGUGCUCAGCAACGCCGCCCACUUCCGACGCCACUUCCAGGCGCCCAUCCUGGCGGGGAGGGAGCCGCAUGCAUGGGAGGAGGAGAGGGCGCUGGGGGCAGAGCGCUCUGCGGAGCUCAGUGACCGCGUCAACCAGUUCAUUCUGCGCCGCACCAACGCGCUCCUCUCCAACCACCUGCCUCCCAAGAUAGUGGAGAUAGUGUGUUGCCGCAUGACAGACCUGCAGCGCCAGCUGUACGAGCGAUUCAUACACUCCAAGAAUGUGCGCACGGCACUGGAGGAUGGGAAGAAGGCGCGGGCACUGGCGUCCAUCACGGCCCUCAAGAAGCUCUGCAACCACCCCAAGCUGCUGUACGACUCCAUCCGGGCAGGAGGGGCGGAGGCAGCUGGCUUUGAGGACGCUCUCCCACUCUUCCCACCCGAAAUGUUCAACGGGAGGAGUGGCACGUGGACGGGCGGGGGCGGCACGUGGGUGCAGCUGUCGGGCAAGAUGGUGGUGCUGGCACGCCUGCUGGCACACCUGCGCACACGCACCACGGACCGCAUCGUGCUCGUAUCCAACUACACACAGACGUUGGACCUAUUUGCGCAGCUGUGCCGGGAGCAUGGGUACCCGUUCGUGCGGCUGGAUGGAGGCACCUCGGUGGGCAAGAGGCAGAAGCUAGUGCAGCAGUUCAACGACCCCCACGCCGACGAGUUUGUGUUUCUGCUGAGCAGCAAGGCGGGCGGGUGUGGGCUGAACCUCAUAGGCGGCAACCGACUCGUGCUCUUCGACCCCGACUGGAACCCCGCCAACGACAAGCAGGCGGCGGCGCGUGUGUGGAGGGACGGGCAGAAGAAGCGUGUGUUUGUGUACCGCUUCCUGGCAGCGGGGACCAUCGAGGAGAAGGUGUUUCAGAGGCAGAUGGCGAAGGAGGGGCUGCAGCAAGUGGUGGAUAGCGAGAAGCAGAGCGAGGGGCGCGCACAGGUGAACCUGCUGUCAGCAGAGGAGCUGAGGGACCUCUUCAUGCUGCGCUCCUCCACCCUGUCCGACACGCACGACUCGCUGGGGUGCCAGCGCUGCCCCUCGCGCCCCUCGCUGCAUGCAGCUGGCAGGGGAGGCUGCCAUGUGGGGGGGCAGCACAAGGGCGGGCAAGGUGCGGGAAGGGAGGGUGCAGGUGGUGGGGGGAAGGGGGCGAAGGUGGAGAGGCGAGGGGGAGGCUCUCUGGAGGCGCUGGCAGCUGUGGCUGGGGAGGGCGAGGGGGCGGGAGAAGGCGAGGGAGGAGGAGUAAGAGGAGGGGAGGAGGAGGGGGAUAGGGAGGAGGAGUCAAGUGGAGUGGAGAGUGGGGGCAGGGAGAAGGCAGAGGCGGAGGGGAGCGACGACGAGGAUGUGCAGGCGGGGCGGGGGAGCAGCGGCGGCGGGAAAGGGGAGGGCGAGAGUGACAUUGGGGGCUUUGCAGCGGUGGCAGGGGUGGUGGGGAAACUGAAGGAGUGGGAGAAGCAGGUGGGUAACCCAUUGGAGGAGCAGCUUGACCAGUGGGCGCAUCACAGCCGUCCAUCCGCAACCAUCCCUGACACAGCAUUACAGAAGGCAGCCUGUCUCGAUGUGACGUUUGUCUUCUCCUGCCAGAUCCGCGGCAUGCUCGCCCCCAUCGACUCCGCGCCGCCUCUCUCCACCCGCCCCUCUCACCGCCCCCUCUCUCGCUUUCCCACCCGCCUGCCGCUCCGCCCUGCUGCUGCGGUGGGUGCUGGGAUGGCAGCAGCAGGAAGAUUGGGGGGAGGGGUACUGGGGGGCCGGGGAAGAUUCGGCAUGAGGGGCCGAGGAUCCAAGCAACCUGCCUGCCUUCCCCUGCUUUCCCCCACUCGCGGCUCGCGCGCUCGACCUCACCCUCCCUGA